UUACUAACUUCACAAGUAAAAUUUAAAACAGCGGUUGAAAACUGAAAAACUGCAAUCAAGUAGCUGAGUAUCAAGGUUCCCACGAGAUUAAACAAAGAGCUGAGCUGAUGAACAUCCCUGCAAUAGACCAAUGGCAUAGAUGGAAACUCUGAUUCUAUGACAUCACUUGUCAAUAUAAAAGGAAACUUUAGCCUUUUGAAAAGCAAAGACUUUGGUCUAUGACAUUCAGAUUCAGUAGCAUAUUCCUGGGUUAGAUUCUUUUUCCUCGUACGAUCAGCUGAAGAUUCAGUCAUUCGAGUUGGUAGGAUUCUGUUUUUGAUAAAACAGAGUCGGACUUGACCAUCAUGGUGAUGGGGCGUGGGCGAGUAUUCAGCUUUGGCAAGGGAAGGAGUGAAGGCAACAAGGGCAUGAAGUCCUUGUUAGGAGGCAAGGGAGCAAACCUGGCAGAGAUGGCCAGCAUUGGGCUAUCAGUGCCCCCUGGAUUUACGAUAUCAACUGAAUCAUGCCAAGAGUAUCAGCAGAAUGCAAAAAGACUACCAAGUGGACUAUGGGAGGAGGUACUGGAAGGGUUGAAAACUGUGGAGGAAGACAUGGGGGCUUUUCUUGGUGACCCUUCGAAGCCACUUCUCCUUUCUGUCCGCUCUGGUGCAGCGAUUUCAAUGCCUGGAAUGAUGGAUACUGUCCUGAAUCUUGGACUAAACGAUGAUGUGGUUACCGGUUUGGCUGCAAAAAGCGGAGAGCGUUUUGCUUAUGAUUCUUACCGACGAUUUCUAGACAUGUUUGGGGAUGUUGUUAUGGGCAUUCCACACUCAUCAUUUGAGGAGAAGAUAGCAAGGAUGAAGCAAUUGAGAGGCGUUGAACUUGACACUGAGCUAACUGCAUCUGAUCUCAAGGAGCUUGUGGAGCAGUACAAGAAUGUCUAUCUCAAAGUCAAGGGUGAAGAGUUUCCUUCAGAUCCAAGGAAGCAGUUAAGUUUGGCCGUUGAAGCAGUUUUUAAUUCUUGGGAUAGCCUAAGGGCCAUUAAAUAUCGGAGCAUUAAUAAAAUAACUGGGUUGAAAGGAACAGCAGUAAACAUCCAAUGUAUGGUGUUUGGAAACAUGGGAGACACUUCAGGGACUGGUGUUCUGUUCACUAGAAAUCCAAGCACUGGUGAAAAGAAGCUUUAUGGGGAAUUUUUAGUUAAUGCACAGGGAGAGGAUGUGGUUUCAGGAAAUAGAACGCCGGAAGACUUGGAUUCCAUGAAAAGUCACAUGCCAGAACCUUACAAAGAACUUGUUAUGAACUGCAAAAUUCUUGAGGAACAUUACAAAGAUAUGAUGGAUAUUGAAUUCACAGUACAAGAAAAUAGGUUAUGGAUGUUACAAUGUCGAUCAGGGAAGCGUACUGGUAAAGGUGCAGUGAAGAUGGCUGUAGACAUGGUUCAUGAAGGGCUUGUUGACACUCGAACUGCAAUUAAGAUGGUGGAGCCACACCAUCUUGACCAACUUCUUCAUCCAUGGUUCGAAGAUCCAUCUGCUUACAAAGACAAAGUGGUUGCUGUGGGCUUGCCGGCUUCUCCUGGAGCAGCAGUGGGGCAGAUUGUAUUCAAUGCUGAGGAUGCUGAACAAUGGAAUGCUGAAGGAAAGACUGUCAUCUUGGUAAGGACAGAGACAAGUGCAGAGGAUGUUGGAGGCAUGCAUGCAGCUGCUGGGAUCUUGACAGCUAGAGGUGGCAUGACAUCUCAUGCAGCUGUUGUAGCACGUGGAUGGGGAAAGUGUUGUGUUGCUGGCUGUUCUGAUAUACAUGUAAAUGACCUUGAAAAGGUUCUUGUGAUUGGGAACAUGAUGCUUAAAGAAGGAGAAUGGCUCUCUCUCAAUGGAACUACAGGUGAAGUGAUCCUGGGAAAACAACCACUCUCGCCUCCGCUAUUAAGUCGUGAUUUGGAAACAUUUAUGUCAUGGGCUGAUGAAAUUAGGCAUCUUAAGGUUAUGGCAAAUGUUGACACACCUGAAGAUGCAUUGACAGCAAGAAAGAAUGGUGCCCAGGGGAUUGGUCUUUGUAGGACAGAACAUAUGUUCUUUGCUUCAGAAGAGAGGAUAAAGGCCGUAAGAAUGAUGAUUAUGGCAGUAACACCUGAACAAAGGAAAGCAGAGCUAGACCUUUUACUUCCUUAUCAAAGAUAUGAUUUUGAGGGGAUUUUCAAGGCAAUGGAUGGCCUUCCUGUAACAAUUCGAUUGUUGGACCCUCCACUUCAUGAGUUUCUUCCAGAGGGUGACAGAGAAAAAAUAGUAUGUGAUUUAGCUUCAGAGACUGGCUUAAGCAAAGAAGAAGUUCACUCAAAAAUUCAGAAGCUAUUAGAAGUUAAUCCCAUGCUUGGUUUGAGGGGCUGCAGGUUAGGGAUAUCGUCUCCCGAGCUUACUCAGAUGCAAGUGCGGGCAAUCUUUCAGGCUGCACUCUCGGUGAGCAACCAAGGAGUUAAAGUAUUUCCAGAGAUAAUGGUUCCACUAGUUGGAACACCUGAGGAACUAGGACAUCAAGUCAGUCUAAUUCGCGGUGUUGCAAAGGAAGUCUUCUCUGAGAUGGGUUCCUCUUUAAGCUAUAAAGUUGGGACAAUGAUUGAGAUUCCCAGAGCUGUCCUGGUUGCUGAUGAAAUUGCCAAGGAAGCAGAAUUCUUCUCCUUUGGGACCAACGAUCUGACACAAAUGACAUUUGGGUUUAGCAGAGAUGAUGUGGGUAAAUUUCUUCCUUUGUACCUAUCAGAAGGCAUCUUACAAAGUGAUCCAUUUGAGGUACUUGAUAAAAAAGGUGUAGGUCAUCUUAUUAAGAUUGCAGUGGAGAAAGGCCGGCAAGCCAGGCCUGGCCUAGAGGUUGGAAUAUGUGGGGAACAUGGUGGGGAGCCUUCUUCAAUAGCAUUCUUUGCAAAGGCUGGAUUUGACUAUGUUUCAUGUUCUCCAUUCAGGGUCCCCAUUGCAAGGCUAGCAGCAGCUCAAGUGGCUCUAUGA